GUCAAAACACUCAGAGCAAGCACAGGGUAAACGGACACCAUAUGAAUUUAUAGCUUCUCUAAAAUGUUCCGUUACAAAAUGAAUUCAGUCAACAUUAGUUUAACAGGUUGUUAGUUUCACCUUUAUCCGCUUGGCUAACUCCGCCCCGCUUCCGUUUUGUGACUUCUGACAUUCGCUGGUAAUCCGUUUUAGCUAACAAAGCUGUGGUUGUUUAGUGGUGGAUAAACCGGUUAAACGGCUUCCGUCCUCGGUUGCUAAGUCGGUUAUGACCUGUGUGAUUUAGGACGUUUACGAGCAGACGCGAACAGUUGGAAGAUGUCGGACAACGGCAGGUUCCAGUGGACGGUGGUCGUCCUGACCUGCCAACACAAAGACAGCGUUUACUCGUUUCAGAGAGAGCUGGAGUUGCGGCAGCAGUGUGGCACUCUUUCUCAGGGUGCGUUAGUUUUGACUGUGCGGGACCGCCAGGAGCCACUGGGCAGUGGAGGGGCUACGCUGAACGCUCUGCUGGUCGCUGCUGAACACCUGAGCAGCAGAGCCGGACACACUGUGGUGACAGCUGACGUCCUGGACGAAGCUCACAUCCUCAUCCUCCACACAGGCCGGGAUUUUCCCUGGAGCUCCUGCAGUCGAGCUUUCUGUUGGCUGCCUCGAGAGAAGCCUGAGCAGAAAGUCCAGGCUCCAGUCUGCUGUCUGGACCUGCUUCUGGACUGCCUCAGCACUCAGAUCUGCCCUGGUUCACCUCCUGGUGUUUGGGUCUGCAGCACCGACAUGAUCCUCACUGUACCGCCUGAUUUUGUUUUAUCCUGGGAAGGUUUCUCUGGUGUUCGGGUUUUGGCAUUACCGGGCGACAUCUCGUACGCAUCCAAUCAUGGGGUCUACCUGUCUGACUCACAGGGUCGGGUCCAGGACAUCAUCUACAGGGGAAGCAGAGAGCAGAUCCUACAAGCUGUGAUGCCUGAUGGGAAAGUGCCUCUGGUGUCGGGUCCGGUCUUCUUCAGCAGAUCUGUAUCAGAGAAGCUGCUGCAAACUCACGUCACUCCACCUCUGGACGGCUGCACCUACCUGGGCCUGGACUCUGGAGCUCCGCCCCUCCAGAUCUCUCUGUUCUUGGACCUGUUGAAGUGUCUCUGCUCAGAUCUGACCCAGGAUCAGUUUGUGAGCGAGGAGAGGGCUGGCUGCAGUUCUACAGCUGGGCCACAGGGGGCAGCGGUGAGGAGUGGCAGGGCAGAGCUGUGGAGGAUCCUGAGGGGAUCUCCACUAACACUGGUGUAUGUUCCUGGUGGUUGCUAUGACUACCUGACUUCAACUGGAAAGCAACAUGUCGAUCGUCUGACUUGUGAUUGGACAGAUGGAAACACUUUGUCUCACAUCCAGGUGGAGGGUUCAGUGAGCAGAGGAGGUCAGGUGAUCAACAGCGUUCUGGAGGGAAAUGUUGCCGUGGCGACCAGAGCGGUGGUGCAGCAUUGCUACCUCCAGGGCCCUCUGGACGUCCCGUCAGGCUGUUUGCUGUCCGGUCUGGAUUCCUCGACAUCUCCGUCCAUCAGGCAGCUGGCGCUCAGCAGUGACAUCAUCAUCCAGGGACAUCGAAUCGAGCUGGGGGAGCUGAAGCUGACCGUGUAUACGGUGGUGGGCGCGCAUGAUGACCUGCAGGUUUCCUCUGAUGGCAGCAGCGCCUCCUUCCUCCACCAGAGCUGGAGCGACUUCUACAGCAGAACAGGAAUCCAGCCAGAGGAGUUGUGGGUAAGAGGAGAGCAGCGCUCCCUCCUGGAAGCUCGUCUCUUCCCCGUCCUCCACCCCAGAGGAGGCGCUGUGGGUCUGGAGGGGGGUAUUGGCUGGCUGCUGGGGGGCUCCGGAUGUCUGCAGAGGUGGAGGGAAGCGUGGAGACUCUCGUUGAGGGAGGUGUUGUCACUCACUCACCAGGAGGCGGAGCUCCAGUGGAGGGAGGAGUUGCUCUUCCUGGCGGGGAGGAGGAGAGUGAGCGAUGCCCUGCAAAGUCGCACCAACAUCUGCCUGCUUCCUUGCAUCAGGGCUGCGGUGCUGGGGGGCCAGCAGGGGGCGCUGCUGGAGACUCUGGACAGCAUUGCAGCAGGAAGUUUGGCGCAGGGGGCGGAGCCUGGAGUGGAGCUGGGCGUGGCAGCUCGCUGCCUUUCCUGCAUUGCCGAUGUGUUGGUGUGCAUGGCAGGGGGGAAGGGUGGUCUGAGAAGUGGACCAGCUGCCAACGAGGCCUGGAGCGCCGCCUACCUUCUUUUGGAGGAGGGAAACCUGAGGGGUGGAGUCCAUGCCCUUGCAACGCAGAGACGGCUGUGGCUCAGCAGGCCGGACCUGCUGGUGCGAGCAGCGCGGCACUACGAGGGCGCCGGACAGGUGCUUCUACGGCAAGCUAUGAUGUCAUCACAAAGGUUCAUUGCUAUUGGACAGGGGGAGGCCCCACCCACUGAGGAGUGGCAGGAAGUGCACUGUCCGGCCCGCCUAGACUUAGCAGGCGGCUGGAGCGACACCCCACCAAUCGCCUUCGAGCAUGGCGGCUCUGUAACAAACGUCGCAGUGAAGGUUGAUGGGAAGCGUCCUAUCGGUGCCAGGGCACGCCGCAUCAGGGAGCCCCGCCUCCUGCUGGUCAGCUACGCUGGAGGGCGGGACAGUGGGGUGUCCACGGAGACCAUAUGUGACACCUUGGAGGACCUGAAGGACUACUGUCAGCCUCAUGCUCCUGGAGCCCUGCUGAAGGCGGUGUGCGUGUGCAGCGGUCUGGUGUCUCUGUCCUCUCAGCAUCCUCUGGGGGAUCAGCUGAUGCAGAGGUGGGGGGGAGGGGUGGAGCUUCACAGCUGGUCAGAGCUGCCCACCGGAUCUGGACUGGGUACCAGCAGUAUCCUGGCGGGGGCGCUGUUGGCUGCUGUCUACAGGUGCACCGGUCAAACGUAUGACACAGACUCCCUGAUCCACGCAGUCCUGUAUCUGGAGCAGAUUCUCACCACAGGUGGGGGUUGGCAGGAUCAGGUGGGGGGUCUGGUGGGUGGAGUCAAGGUGGGUCGUUCUGGAGCGUCUCUGCCCCUGCAUGUGGAAGUGGAGCGUCUCAGUCUGCCAGCGGAGUUCCUGACAUCUCUGGAGCAGCACCUCCUGCUGGUUUACACCGGAAAGACCCGGCUGGCUCGAAACCUGCUGCAGGAUGUGGUCCGCAGCUGGUACAGCCGUCUGCCAUCCAUGGUCUUGAACGCUCAGCAGCUGGUCUCCAACUCUGAGGAGUGUGCCAGAGCCUGUUCAGAUGGUUCUCUGUCCAGACUGGGCCAGUGUCUGGACCGCUCGUGGCAGCAGAAAAAGCUGAUGGCUCCCGGCUGUGAACCGGCCUCAGUGAGGACCAUGAUGGAGGCCCUGAGCCCUCUGGUUCUGGGUCAGAGUCUGGCCGGGGCUGGAGGAGGCGGCUUCCUCUACCUGCUAACCCGGGAGCCUCAACAACAGGAGGUGGUGCUGCAGGUCCUCAACAACACACCAGGUCUGGGAGACUUCAGCGUUCACUCUGUGGAGCUGGACAUGGACGGGAUCACAGUCCUGCCACCAUCCUUCACCUAACAGAACCUGUUUGAGGGGUAAAAUGAAAUGUUCAUGUCCAUGAAAUAUGUUUUGAUGGUAAUGAAUCUGGCUGUACAGGCUUCAUUCAGAUCUAUGAUCUCUCUAUGAUCAGAUCUCUCUUUAACGAAAAAGCUAAAAACAGUUACCAAAGUUAACCUGAUGAAGUUAAAAUCCUGUUAAACUGGUCUCACAGAUAUUGAUGAGGGAUGACCACUGGAUGUAAUCACGUUGAUGCUAAAUGUAAAAAUUAUGACAACUAUAUUUUCAUAUGAAACAAUUGUUUGUUUUUCUCCUGUUUUUCUAUUUUUGAUAAUGAAGGAUUUGUCUGAUUAUUUUGUCCAGUUUGAGAUCAGGUGUAUUAAUCUAAUAAGAUUAAAUAAAAGCUUCAUUGUUUGGA